UUACUACGUCAUAUUUACGCGACCGACGUGAAUAGGAAAAUGGUUCUAAAGCGCUGUGAAGAGUAGCCAUCAUUUCUCGCUUGUUAUUGUUUCCUAACAGCGAUAAUGAUCUCAGUUAGUUACAUUCUGCUUUGCGGACAGUUUCUGUUGCUGUUUACAGUGUUACUAUUACAGUGUCUGGAAGGAAUACAUUCCCAGAACUCCUCGACAGCAGCUCCUCCUCCUGCGGCUAACACGGUUACACCAGGACGGGAAGCUACUUCAUUCCCGUUUACCGAGCAGCCAGAGGUUGGAAAAACCGAAGGGUGGACCGAAAGCGUGAAUUCUACCGAGCUGUACGAGUACAGACCCCCGUCACCGGUCGUCCUUUGCCAAUAUCUACCAGAGGAGUUUAUCUACUGUCAGGACCCCGUGGACCAUGCAGGCAACUACAGUGCCUUUCAGGAGAUGGACCACGGCUGUGUUGGGUGGGGUGGUCAAACUGAAAAGGAGGUGAACCACACUCGAGUUAUCUGCACAGCCCUCGACGACAUAGAGUGCGCUGGACCCCGGGAGUUUCUCCGGGGAAAUGUGCCGUGCAUCAAAUACACUGGACACUACUUUAUCACCACUCUGCUGUACUCCUUCUUCCUGGGCUGUUUUGGAGUUGAUCGCUUUUGCCUUGGCCACACCGGCACUGCAGUGGGGAAGCUGCUCACUUUGGGAGGACUGGGAAUUUGGUGGUUUGUAGACUUGAUCCUGCUAAUCACAGGUGGCCUGAUGCCCAGCGAUUACAGCAAUUGGUGCACCUACUACUGAGACGUACAGCAAAAGGUGGCAUGGGACUCACUACUUCCAUUUAUUUAUUUUUUAGUAGUUUUCAAGGUAUGGCAGGGAAUUGGCUUCAGCCGGCAGUGGUGAAGUGGGAAACCAGAAAGGUCGCUCAACUUUUCGAGAAAAAAACUUUUGUGCGUUCACUUUUUUUAUGGUCUUAUUUAGUCCGGAAAAGCGUUUGAUUUCAAGCUCUGAUGUAUUUUGUAUGGAAAUAUUGUGAAUAAAGAAACAGGGUUUGAGUCAUCUCAACUGAAUGGUUCGUUUAUGCUGCAUUUUAAACCCCCACCCCCCCACCCCCACCCCUCCAGGAAAAAAAAACCCUGAUUGCUGACAGCCCAGAAAUAUUUAACAGCACAAAGUGUUCUGCCUGGAUCAGCAUCCUCCACACUGAAAGACUUAUUAAAAAAAAGACACACUGCAGAACGGCAGUAUUCUAGUGGAGAUUUCCCAGCUUUUUAUCAACUUUCUGAAUUUCUACAACAUCCUGGAUACUGUCUCUAUUUGAGGACAACUUUAACUUUGUUAAGCAGAAGGUGGAAGAAGCUCCAAAUGUUCUUAGCCUCCUUUUUUGUUUUCCACACUUUUAAAGUUGUAACAAUAAAAUGUCCCCAGAUUGACAGUAAUGUGCUUUUACAUGGUCCGUCAUGGAGUUUUAAACAAAACGAUGCUUCAAGUAAACAUUUGAUGCAAUCCAUUUUUCACAGACAUGAACGCAGGACAUCACACUUAUUGUACAGAUUACUAUGUGGUUUGAUUAACAGAAAAUAAAUACUACGCUGCUUGAGCUGCUAGAGCCUGACACUCAUGAAUGACUCCAUGAAGAAGAGAUAUCUUCCAAAAUAAAAUUGGUUUACAAAUGUCCUUUUUCUUCUUCAAAGCACAAAUUUUGUGGCUCCAUAAAAGUCAUUAACACUCGCCUAGAAUGUUCCAACAAAUUUCAGUGUCAUGCUGUGUUCUGCUCAGCUGCUGUGAUUUGGUUUCCUUCAGUGGGAGCAAACACGGGUCAGUAAGACCUCUGAGCAAACAAUUUUAGCGGGAAAACCAGAAACAUGCUUCUUUUGACAACUGAGUUUUGAUAAGGCUCAUUGUAAAUCUCUGUUGUGUAUUAAUUGGUCAAUGAAAUCCAAUAAAGACUUUUAAAAUGA